UUAUUGUCAUCAAUUGUGUCAUCUUGUAUGUUGUUGGCUUUAUAAUACACUAUAGGUUUAAGAGAUAAAAUUAAGGUGUUUUUAUUUUGUAGCGUUAUUAAACAUAGAUAGAUGAAUUCUAAAAAGAUUACAUGGAAGUCUAUUGUCUUGAUCUUAGGUUGUUACAAGACAAAAUACUCAUUAGAAGAACCAGAAAAAAAGGUUUUAAAACAAGGUUCUUUCCAAAGGGUAAGCUUAUCUGAUAUAAGCAUUUCUAGCUCUACUACUCAAGCUAUUGAGGAUCUUUCCAUUUCACUAGCUGGUUCAAAGCUUUACACAUUUACACUUGAGGAGCUAAGAGAAGCAACACAUAAUUUUUCAAGGAGUAAUUUGCUUGGUGAAGGUGGUUUUGGACCUGUGUAUAAGGGUUUUGUUGAUGAUAAACUCAGACAUGGUUUGAAGGCUCAACCUAUUGCUGUCAAACGACUCAACUUGGAUGGCUCACAAGGUCACAGGGAGUGGCUGGCAGAGAUUAUAUUUCUUGGACAGCUUAGACAUCCACAUCUUGUCAAGUUAAUUGGAUACUGUUGUGAGGAAGAGCAGAGGCUUUUGGUGUAUGAAUACAUGACAAGAGGGAGCUUGGAAAAUCAAUUGUUCAGAAGAUACUCUGCUACAUUACCAUGGUCAACCAGAAUGAAAAUUGCAUUAGGUGCAGCUAAGGGACUAGCUUUCCUUCAUGAAGCAGAUAAACCUGUAAUUUAUAGGGAUUUCAAAACUUCAAAUAUAUUACUGGACUCGGAUUACACAGCUAAACUAUCAGAUCUUGGAUUAGCUAAAGAUGGUCCUGAAGGAGAAGAAACACAUGUGACAACAACAUGCAUAAUGGGAACAAAAGGCUAUGCUGCUCCUGAGUAUAUCAUGUCAGGUCAUCUUUCUACCAAGAGUGAUGUGUAUAGCUAUGGAGUAGUGUUGUUGGAAUUGCUUACAGGAAAGAGGGUAGUGGAUAAAAGCAGAUCAAAUAGGGAGAGAAACCUAGUGGAAUGGGCUAGACCUAUUUUGAGAGAUCAAAGAAAGCUUCCUCAUAUCAUAGACCCAAGAUUAGAGGGACAGUUUCCUAUUAAAGGAGCUUUGAAGGUUGCUGCUUUGACUUAUAAAUGUUUGAGCCACCAUCCUAAUCCAAGGCCUAAUAUGAGUGAUGUGGUAAAAUCUUUGGAAUUACUUCAGGACUUUGAUGAUAUGUUCAUAGGACCAUUUGUGUAUGUGGCUGUUAGUGAAAGUAGCCAAUGAGAUAAUGACAUGUGGCAUGAAUGAGUCCUACAGGAUGACUACUGACGAAAAGAUUGCCAAUUUGUCAUCCUGCCUUGGUCUUACUAAGCACAAAAAAAAAAAUAGAUUUUGCAUAUAUGGUAAUUCCAUAUUCAAUAGCAAAGUAGAUAAGAUGUUUUUGUCAUUUUUAGUUUCUAAGAGAUAUAGCUUUUUUAAUCAUGAAGUUGAAUGUAACUAAUUACUAGGUGCAUGAUUGAGGUGGCAUAUCCAAAAUUUGUGUAAGAAAUUAAAUUAAAAUGGAUGAUACUCUAUACUCUAAAUAUAAGUGAAAAUUCACAAAAAA